AUGGCUAUAUGCUAAUUCUGUAGAAAAUAAAUAGAUGAGGAUAAGAUAAUGUUACAUGAAAUGUAUUGUGAAAGAAAUUGCAUUAAAUGUAAUAGAUGUGGUUUAAUGUAUGAUCAAAAUGAUCCAGAAUCACAUGAAGAAGAAUUUCAUAAAUUACAUUAAUGUCCUCAUUGUAAACAUGAAUUUUAAGGUUUUUCAUAUAUAUUUAUAUUAUAGAUUUAAAUAAGCAUUAUUGUUAAGAAACACCAAUACAAUGUUAAUAUUGUUAAUUAGAAAUUUCAAUCAAAUCAUUUUCAUAACAUGAAAUACAAUGUGGUAGUAGAACUGAAAUGUGUAAUUCAUGUAAGUAAUACAUUAAAAAGAGUGAUCUAAAUAUUCAUUAAGAAAUCUGUCUAUAAAAAAAAUUUGAUAAGUUAGGAAGAGGUGAAAUACUUAAUGACUUUCCAUCUCUAUAAGAAGUAAAGUAAACCUAUGUUUCUCCAAAGUUAGAUCAAUAAAACAAAGAAAAAUAAGUUUAAUAGAAAUAAAAUAAUUUGAAUAUUUAAACUCAAUAACCCAUCGAAUUUAAUAAUCCUCCUGUCAAAUCAUAAAAAAUAGAUUAUCCUAAUGAUUAAUAAUAAAGAAUGUAAGAAAAAAGAGGAGAUUAUAAUAAAGAUAUCUAACCAAAUUAUAAAAAAGAAGUGAACUAACCUAAUUAUAAUAAUUAAGUUAAUUAAUUAUCAGAUAAAAUAUUAAAUAAAGAAUUUAAUAAUGAUCCAAAAUAUAAUCAAGGAUUAAGAUCUACUUAAUAAACAUAAGAAUUUAAAUAAAAAUCUGAUAAAAUAUAAAUACAUGAAGUUGAAUAACAAUAUGAUAAUAGACCAAUUAAUAAUUAUAAAUACAAGAUUGAAGAAAAAUAUGAAAAUAAUAAUAAUAAUAAAUAAUUACAAGAUUAUAAAGUAAAUCAAAGACCACUAAUUAAUAAUACUUAGGAAAUAAGUUCUUAAAAUGAUCAAAGAUCUAAUUAAUAUCCUUAAUAUAUUAAAUAAACAUCAAAUCCUUCUUAUGAUUAAUAAUUUUAAUAGAAUUAAAUACGUUCUACUCAACCUAAAUAUUCUAGUACAUAUUUAUAAGAUAGAAAUAUUUAAGGUAUAUAAGAUAAUAGAUAACUACCUAAUAAUAAUCUAUAUAAUACUGAUAUAUAAUCUAAAAAUAGAUAAGGUUAAAAAUAUAGUACAAACAUAACAUAAGAUAUUACUAAAAGUUAUUAACCAAGUAAAUAAUCUGAAUAUGGAUUACCUUAAAAUUACUAUUAAAACAAUAAAAAUACAAACUAAUAUUAAUAAGAUAAUAAAUAUUAGAAUCCUUAAACUUAAUAAUAAUAUCGACCUGAAAUUGGUUUAAAUGAUAGAGAUUAUAAAUAAACAAAUAAUUAUCGAGGAGGACCUGUUGUUUCUAAACCAUUAGAUAAUUAAGAAAGAAAAACAGACAAAAUGUAAUUUGCUCCUAUAUAGUCAGAAUAACCUAAUCAAUUUUAACUUUCCAGAAAUCCAUAUGCUUAUUAAGAAGUAAAAUAUAAAAAUUUAUCUACAUCUUAACCAUAACAUUAGUAAUAUUAACAAAAAUAAUAAGAAUAUUAACCUAAACAAUAUUAAAAUUCAAAACAAUCACCUAUUGAGACUUAAAAAUAAUCUUAAAAUUAAUAUUAACCAUAAGAAUUAAAAAAAAAGUAAGAUUUUCAAACAAAAUAUAAUGACUAUAAUUAAUAUGAAUAUAGUAAAAAAUUGGAUGAUAAAUAACCAUAAAAUAUACCUCAGAAUUUAGAGAGCAACGAUAGUGUAAUAGCAAGAAAAUUAUAAGAAUAAAUAUAUGCUGAUGAUUUAUAAAUGACACCAUAAUAAAUUAAGGAAUAAUAAGAACUUUAUAAAAUGUUAGAAGAGAAUGCCAAAAAAUAAUAAUCUACUUAAAAUAGAACAUAUCAAUAUUAUGAGGAAACAAGAGAGCCAAAUUAAUCUAAUUUACUUAAUGGAUUUGAAUUUCUAUCAGAGGACGAAAAAUAAUAUUAAAAAUAGAUACUUGAAAGUCUUGAAUUAUAAAAAUAAAAAAGAUGGUGA